AUGAGGGUAUUAGUUGUUCUUGGAGGUGAAAGGCGAAAAAUUGAAGCUGUAGAUCAAUUGAACUAUGGAGCUGUCAAGGGUAACAUCCGUCAGAUCUUUGGGUUUGAUUCGUAAGUCUUUGUUUAUUGUUUGUUUUGAUUUUUAGAUGCUCUGAUUUUUCAUAUACGGUGAUUGAAAUUUUAUUUUUUUUUAAAUGUUUUAGAAACGUCAAUUUUGUUUUGAAGCUUGGAGAAUCGGCCAUUGAAUUGAACGAUGAUCAAUUUUUGGCUGAAGCUGGCGUUGUAUCUGGAGAAAUAUUGAAGGUACAUGUUAUUGACGGAAAGAUUCAACGUCCUCAGAGUUCGAACAGUCAACCCACCACUUCUACAGCAGAAACUAACAAGAAAUCAGUACCCAAGCCUUCUGAGGUUCAGUUUUCGAAUGAAAAUGUGAAGAAAAUAUUGGUUGAUCAACUGAUAUCGCGUUGCCAGAUGAAUGUAAGUGUUUUUAUUAAUUUACUUGUUUUUUGAUUUGUCAAAUUUGAUUUGCUAAAUACUUUUGCAUAGUGUAUACUUUCUCUGACAUUUAAAAUUUUAGGUAAGAUAAUAUCAACAAUUUCUGUAAUGAUUUACUGCAAACUAUAAGUUACCUUACAGGUCGAAAAUGAAAACUCUCCUUCAUUUUCUGACAAUUUCUUUAUCAGCAACAUUAUGUUGAAAACUAAGGUUACACCUUGGAGUAGAGGAUGUUUGAACCUGACAUUCGUUGACAAAGUGCAUGCAGUUGCUAAUUUAAAUUUACAAUUGAUUUCUGAUAAGGGAAUUGUUAAACAGUUUGGAGUGACCACUGUGUAUCCUAUCGGAUUCAGAAAGCAGUUGGACGCUUUCUGUGCAAAUGUUGAAGAAUUCUUGUAUGGACGUAAGUUAACUCACUUUUUGCCUUUUCAAACAAAAUGAUAUUUUAGUUAAAAUAAAGAGAUUUAUUGCUAAAAUGUUGAAAUUUUAACACUUGAUCAUUUUUAUUUACAAUUAUUGCUUUUUUAUACUGUAAAACGUUCUUUUAGCCAAGAACAAGUUCCUGAGCACGUUUUUCUUUGGCUCGCCACAGAUAAUGGCGUGCGCACUGUGCAAGCACCUGGACCCAGAAAGUUUGUUGAGACUAAGCGUUAUGAACAAGUACAUGCGGAACUAUUGUAAUGGCUCAUCGUUUGAUGUUCUCAUAUGGAAAGAGAUGCUGGCACGUUAUAAACAAAUAGGUAAGAUUUAAAUUUUAAUACUCAACUAUUAUUCUAUCUAGUUUUUAUUUGAAUUAAAUCAAAAAUUGAAAUGUAAAAUAAUUUGUUAUAAUAAACCUUAUUUCCAGCCGUCGGCGAUGUACCAGCUCUUCCUGAAGGAAGAACUCAUAGAAAAGAGCUGAUAGCAGCUAUUACGGCUACUCGAGAAGAGAACGAGAGACGCAGAAGGAUGCAGGAGCAACAUGAACAUGAUCUACUUAUGUUCGACUUCCCACGCAACCGAAGAGAACCAAUGGAACUACGACAACCCGGAUUAGACGAGUUUGACCGCCGCUGGCAAGGUGGAGAGGUCUUUCCUAAUCAUCGGCCAAGAAGAGACCCAGCCAAUCCUUUGAUCAUACCUCGACCUGGUCACCCCGACUUCCAGCCUGACUUCAACCCAGAUCCUGACAUGCCUCAAGGACCUUCCAGAGGACGCGGCCGAACCCCGCCAGGCUUUGGAAUGCCAUUCAACCCCGGCAACAAUGGGUUCUUCGGAUAA